AUGGUACAAGUCCAAUGUUUUGACACUGGUCACUUCCAUGAGUUGUCAUCAUGGCAAAAGCAGUUCAAAAAUGAAUGGCAAUGGGCAUCUACAACAUCUAUUACACUACCCCUAAACCUGAAAUACCAACCAGACACCCAGAAGUGGGUGUGCACAUGUCCACAAUUUGUCAAGAGCCAGUUCCUCAUCUGUAAAUGCUUGGUCCAAGUCACACACCCAGUUAGCCCCAUUUUCUUCCUGGAGAGAAGUGAGAGCAAAGAGGAUGAAGAACCUGGUGGAAACAUUUGCUUUUUCCACUUUAUCACCACCUUACAAGACUUUACAGAUGGUCUUGAGUACCAGAUCCAGUUUGGCAACCACAGGAUGUUGAAUACCAUUGAGCAUGAAGGGGCAUCAUUCAUACAGCUGAUGAAGAAUUGCUUGGAUCAUGAGCAAAGGGAGAACUCAUCAUGUGCAAGGAGUCCUACCACAUGGGAACAAACAACUGCAAAUGUGUUGUUCUACCACAGUUGCCCACCAGUUCCAGAACAUGAUACAUAA